UCAAGUGAGUUAUGCAUUGCAUUUCUCAACUAAGCAACCAAUUACUCUUUCAAAAGCCUUUGGUUUUGUCUUGUUCUUCACUCAAGAUUGCAUGAGCUUUCUCAUUAUGCCUUUUCCAAGCAUUUCAAAUUCCCAUGUACCAAUGGAGAUCUCCAUUUUUUAAUUGCUGCCACAGUCUACUCUUCUGGAAUCGUUUGAGCUGAAAGAAAGGAAUUACCCAUAUUCCCCCAUCUCUUCAACUUCACAGCUCUCUGUUUUAUUGACUUUGUUUGUUGAUGGCUUGUGCAUUUUCCAAUUAAUUGAAACAUUUGGGCCUUUUGUUGAUGGAGAUAGCUCUCUGCAAAUGGGGGUUUUUGUUUCUGCUCUGUUUAGGUCUCUCAUUUUCAAUUGGAUUUUCAGUUGAGGGACUACAUGGUAAUUCAAGAGUAAGAGGGGUGAAUUUAGGUGGAUGGUUGGUGAUUGAGGGUUGGAUUAAGCCUACUCUGUUUGAUGAUAUUCCCAAUGCUGACAUGCUUGAUGGAACAGAGGUCCAACUAAGGUCAGUGAGUGGGAACAAAUAUGUUUCUGCUGACAAUGGUGGGGGAGGGGCCGUCUCGGUUGACAGAGACGUUCCUCUUGCUUGGGAGACAUUUCGGUUGUGGAGAGUAUCCGAGUCAACAUUCCAAUUCCGCACUUCUGGUGGCCAGUUUCUGACCUGUGGUGGUGACGGGGACAAUGUUACUGCUGUAGCAGAGUUACCGUCCGAUACAGAAACCUUUUACUUGGAAAGAAAUAACAACCAAAUUCACAUCAAACUCAAGACUGGAAUGUAUUUACAGGCUUCAAAUGCCAACCAGCUCACAGCGGACUAUCCAGGGACACCCGGAUGGGAUGAUAAUGCUGCUACAUUUGAAUUGAUAAUCAUGUCUAAUAAUUUACACGGAGACUACCAGUUUGCUAAUGGCUACGGACGUGAUAAGGCAGAAGAAGUGUACAAGAAUCACAGGAACAAUUUUAUCACUGUAGAAGAUUUCAAUUUUCUCUAUAGGCAUGGAAUCAAUACUGUGAGAAUACCUGUUGGCUGGUGGAUAGCUUACGAUCCCAAUCCUCCACCUCCUUUUAUCGGUGGAAGUUUGCAAGCACUCGAUAAUGCUUUUUCGUGGGCACAAGAGUACAACAUAAAGUGCAUAAUUGACCUUCAUGCUGCACCAGGCUCCCAGAAUGGGAUGGAACACAGUUCUAGCAGAGAUGGGACGACGGGAUGGCCCACAUCAUCUGAUUAUAUCUCACAAAGUCUAAAUGCGAUAGAUUUUCUCGCUUCGAGGUAUGCUCAGCAUCCUUCGUUACUGGGGAUUGAGCUAUUAAAUGAGCCAUCUGCUGCGUUGGUUCCACUCGACACCCUAACUUCAUAUUAUAAACAAGGAUACAAGAUUGUUAGGAAAUACUCAUCUACUGCUUAUGUCAUAUUUUGCCAAAGAAUUGGCAAUGCUGAUCCAUUGGAGCUCUACCAGGCUAACUUAGGCGAUACAAAUACCGUGAUAGACUUGCAUUACUACAAUCUAUUCGACGCAUUUUUUGCCAACAUGAGCUCUAUAGACAACAUUCAGUACAUAUACAAGAGUAGGGGAACACAGUUACAAUCUCUGAAUGGUGCAAAUGGACCGCUUGUUUUCAUCGGGGAAUGGGUGAACGAGUGGAACGUGAAUGGAUCCCAAACCGAUUACCAAGAUUAUGGACGAGCCCAGUUGGAGGUGUACAAUGCUGCUUCGUUCGGAUGGGCUUACUGGACACUUAAGAAUGACCGGAAGCACUGGGAUUUUGAGUGGAACGUACGCAACAACUACCUCCAACUUCAACUUGGUUGUUCAUCAUGUAGGCGAAGUUGGAGUUAUGCGAUGCUUCUUGGAUUGGCAUUCGGCUUCUACUUCGUCUAUGGUGUGUAGAGUUGCAAACUGUCGCAAUCUGGAAUUGAACACCUGCAGCCUGGAAAUGUGGGAUGAAAACUGAAGGAAGUUACCAUGCUUCCUUCAAAUUGAGCUCAACUCGACUUUAUUCAUUUAUAAGUAUCAUUUUUUUAAUAAAAUGGGAUUCUCAUAUUGGCCACAAGACAGCUUAUUGACCCACUGAAUUAUCAAAUAAGUUGAAAGUUGAUCGGAAAU